ACAGGGCUGUGCGCAAUCAACGCAGCGGAGGGCGCUCGCCACGGCGCCUCCUCAGCUAUGGUGGACGAAUGUCGCCACACUCGCCGCGAAAUCCACUCUUCCAGGGCCAGCGGCGUCGCCAAUCCGCAGCUCCACGGCUCGUAGCGGGAAUGGUGGAUUUCGGGGCUUUGACGGCGCAGCUGGAUGGAGCAAUGCAGCUAUGCUGAUGAGGAGAAUGGAGGCGCCGGGUAGCAUGCAGUGAAGCUCUCCCAGAGAUUGAAAGUAAGGUGUUUACAUUCGCAGGCGAUGGCUUGCGAUGUGAAGUCCCCGCCGGUGCAGAGCUUGAGGAUUUCUCCGACACUCUCGGGGAUGGAAGAUCCGGACGGAGUUCUCGCCAGCGUUGCCCAAUGCAUCGAGCAGCUCCGGACGACUUCCACGACUCCCCAAGACAAGGAAUCGGUCUCCAGGAAGCUCUACGCUCUUGCGGACUCUCGGGAAGACGCACGAGUCGCCGUGAGCUCUCACGCGCAGGCGAUCCCGCUCUUGGUGACGUUGCUCAGAUCGGGAACUGUGGCGGCUAAGAUCAACGCAGCAGCCACUCUGGGAGUUCUUUGCAGAGAAGAGGACCUGCGAGUCAAGGUACUACUCGGUGGAUGCAUACCACCUUUGCUCUCGCUGCUCAGGCUCGGGUCCGCGGAUGCUCAAACAGCGGCAGCAGUGGCCAUCAACGCAGUGACGCGAGGGGGAAUCAGAGAUCAUGUUGGGUCACGGAUCUUCUCCACGGAAGGUGUGGUGCCGAGUCUGUGGCAGCAGCUGCAAUCUUCGCCAAAACUGGAUUCGGCAGUAUAUGGUCUUCUCACAGGUGCCUUGAGGAAUCUAUGCAACAGCACAGACGGGUUUUGGUCAGCCACCUUACAGGCAGGAGGUGUGGACAUUUUGGUGGACCUGUUGCAAACGGGACGUUCGGAUGCUCAGGCAAAUGCUUGCUCGCUCCUGGCGUGCUUGAUGACAGCUGCCGAGUCCAGCCGCUCACUAGCGCUGAACGCUGGCGUGGUGCCGCCACUGCUCAAGCUCCUGGCACCUGGGAAUGAAGUGUCAGUUCGAGCGGAAGCAGCCGGAGCACUUCGAGCAGUGUCGCUCGAGCACAGGGACGCAAGCCAGGCGAUUGCAAGCGCAGGGGGGAUCACUAAGUUGAUUGCCGCAACGGUGGCACCAUGUAAAGAAUUCAUGCAAGGGGAAUACGCUCAAGCUCUGCAGGACAAUGCUAUGGGUGCUCUUGCAAAUAUAUCCGGGGGGAUGUCAGCUGUGAUCUUGAGUCUCGCCAAGGCCGUGGAGGCUUCGCAGUCGGAUUCUCAAUCGGCUGACACGAUUGGAGCUCUUGCUUAUGCGCUUAUGGUGGUUGACGGGAAAUCAGAGAAUGCAGAGACCGUCAACCCAACGAUUAUAGAGCGGAUUCUGGUAAAGCAGCUCGACACUAAAAAGGCUGUCCUAGUUCAAGAACGUGUGAUUGAGGCAAUGGCUAGCCUCUACGGGAACGCAUUUUUGGGUCAGCGAUUACAGCACGCCGAUGCAAAGAAGAUGAUGGUUGGUUUGGUUACCUUGGCCAACACUGACAUUCAGGAGGAACUUAUGACGUCUCUUAGGAAGCUGUGCGGUGGUAAAGAGGAUUUGUGGCGAUCACUUCGGGGCCGAGAGGGAGUGCAGCUACUUAUAUCGUUACUCGGCCUUUCGUCAGAGCAGCAGCAAGAAUAUGCAGUUUCGCUGCUUUCCAUCAUGUGCGAGGAGAUUGACGAAAGCAAGUGGGCCAUCACUGCUGCUGGUGGCAUACCUCCGUUGGUACAGCUUCUCGAAACGGGUUCUACGAAAGCUAAGGAGGACUCGGCUGCUGUGCUUGGAAAUCUCUGCAGUCACAGUGAGGAAAUUCGUGCAUGCGUGGAAACGGCGGACGCGGUGCCUGCACUGCUUUGGCUUCUCAAAAAUGCUGGUCUUAAAGGACAGGAUAUCGCAGCACAAACUCUCACGCAGCUGGUUCGAGACUCCGAUGCAAGCACAAUCAGUCAACUUAGUGCCAUGCUGACAGGGGAUCUGCCCGAGUCGAAGGUUUACGUCCUGGAUGUGGUCGGCUGUUUGCUCUCGGUUGCCUCUGAGAACGAUAUCCUUCGGCAUGAGGCAGCGGCAAACGACGCCCUGCAGACUGUUGUCCGUCUGUUAACUUCGGGCAAAACGGAUACACAGGGCCGUGCUGCUUCCGUCUUGGCGAACGUCUUUAACUUGAGGAAGGACAUGAGGGAGAGCCAGGUCGUUGCGGAGAGCAUUGGACCGUUGAUUCAUCUUGUGAAAGACGGACCAGAGGCGACUGCGAUGCAGGCUGCAAAAGCACUUGCUGCACUUUUCCGUUCGGUUGAAGCAAACUACUGGAUAUCCAACGCUGCGAAGCAUGCCAUCCUGCCGUUGAUAUCGCUCGCAAAGUCUUCGAACAACGAAAUAACUGAGGUCGCGAUUACGGGACUGGCUUAUCUUCUACAAAAGACUGAAGUAGCCGUGGAGGCUCCAGCGGAGGAAAUUAUUCUACCUCUCACCAGAGUUUUACAUGAAGGCUCUCCAGUAGGGAAGGAGAAUGCAGCAAGAGCUUUGGUGCAGCUUCUGAAUGCUUGUCCAGUGGAUGAUGCGUUUGCUGAUCGCAUCCACGAGUGCGGGACGGUUCUUGCACUCGCGGCGACAGGCUUUGAAGUGGCUGUUUCGUCUCAGGCACUCGAGGCACUGGCUUUACUAGCUAGAGCAAAGCGCGGAGGCACUUCUGGCCGCCCUCCAUGGGCUGUUCUCUCCGAAGUUCCCGAGAGUAUCAGUCCCCUCGUCACUUGUCUCGCUAGCGCAGUACCGGAGUUUACAGAGAAGGCAAUCAAGGUCCUGUCAAGGCUCUGUCGUGACCAGCCCGUGGUCUUGGGAGACAUGAUUGCAGGCACGUCUACCUGCGUCAGAGCACUGGCAGACCGGGUGGUAAACUCCUCCAGUUUAGAAGUACGAGUUGGCGCAACCUCUCUUUUGAUUUGUGCCGCCAAAGGACACCGAGAGGACGUCAUAGACGUCUUGGAUGAAGACAACAGCACUCUUUCUCUCGUUCACGCACUCGUGGAGAUGCUGUUACUGAACUCACCUGAAGACAACUUGAGCAGUGGGGAUUUCGACAACGCAGAAACUCGGUCGAGUGUUCAAGCAGGGCAGCACGAGUGUGAUCCAGCUGCUGCACUCGGCGCUACUGUCGCUCUGUGGCUGCUUGCUCUAGUAGCAUCGCAUGAUAACAAGCACAAGGUAGCAAUCAUGGAAGCGGGUGUCAUCGAUGUUCUCACCGAGAAACUGGCGAACUUUGUUCCAAAUGCGCGUCAGGCGGAGGUUGAGAAUAUUGGAAGCACCUGGGUGAGUGCUUUAUUACUAGCUAUAUUGUUCCAAGAUCGAGAGGUUACUCGUUCUCCGGCAACAAUGCGUGCUGUUCCGUUCCUUGCCAUCCUUCUAAAGUCCGAAGAAGCCACCGACCGGUACUUUACUGCUCAAGCUCUUGCCAGCCUCGUAUGCAAUGGUAGUCGGGGAACAGUUCUGGUGGUAGCUAAUUCUGGAGCGGUUAGUGGCCUUAUACCGCUUCUUGGCAGUGUGGAAGCUGAUAUCUCCAACUUGGUUACCUUGUCAGAGGAGUUUUCUCUCGUAAGCAAUCCUGACCAGGUUGCUUUGGAGAGACUAUUCAGGGUGGAUGACGUAAAGUAUGGUGCGACUGCUCGGAAAGCCAUUCCUGGUUUGGUGGAUCUUCUCAAGCCGAUAGCAGACCGACCUGGUGCUCCUCCACUGGCCUUGGGUUUACUGACGCAGCUCGCAAGCGGAAACAAUUCAAACAAGCUGGCAAUGGCAGAAGCCGGAGCACUUGAUGCACUGACGAAGUAUUUGUCUCUCGGCCCUCAAGACACCUACGAGGAGGCUGCUGCCGAGCUACUUAGGAUUCUUUUUACUUGCCCCGACCUCCGACGUCACGAGUCUGCUCCUGGUGCUGUUGAUCAGUUGGUAGCUGUUUUACGACUUGGCACACGGAGUGCCAGGUUCACUGCUGCCAGGGCCCUGCAAGGUUUAUUUUCUUCGGACAACAUCAAGGCUUCCGACGUAGCUGGUCAGGCUAUUCAGCCGCUAGUCGAGAUGUUACAGUCGGGUGCAGAAAGGGAGCAGCAAGCUGCAGUUGGUGCUCUGAUGAAGCUAUCAGCGGACAAUCCUCCGAAGGCUCUUGCUAUAGCAGAUGCGGAACCAAAUGCACUGGAAAGCUUGUGCAAAAUUCUCUCUACGAAUUGCACUCUGGAGCUCAAGGAGGAGAUCGCCGAACUCUGCCGGGUUCUCUUUUCAAGCUCCCGUGUUCGGGCGACACCAGCUGCUACAAGCUGCAUUGAACCUUUGGUGACACUUCUCUGUUCUGAGAGCGACACUGCGCAUUACGCCGGUGCUCGAGCUCUGGACAACCUCCUCGAUGAUGAGCAGCAAGCAGAAGCAGUAGCAGCCUAUGGUGCGGUGGUUCCAUUGGUGGGAAUGAUGGUCGGUGCCAAUUAUAACGUACACGAGGCUGCAGUUAGCUGCUUGAUCAAGCUGGGGAAAGACAGGCCUCUCUGCAAGCUGGACAUGGUGAAAGCCGGGGUCAUUGACAACGUUCUCGAGAGCUUGUUCGCGGCUCCGGAUUCUCUAUGCUCGUUGAACGCGGAGCUCUUGAGAAUUCUGACAAACAACAGCAGCAUUGCAAAAGGAGCGUCGGCAUCAAAGGCAGUUGAACCUUUAUUCCUGUCGCUGAGUCGGCCUGAGCUGAGCACCUCCGGGCAGCACAGUGCAAUGCAGGUGCUCGUCAACAUUCUGGAGAAACCACAACGUGUGGCAAAUUUGAACCUGUCUCCCAAUCAAGCGGUCGAGCCUCUUGUGCUACUUUUAGACUCGGCAUCACAGCCCGUGCAACAACUCGCUGCGGAGCUGCUCUCGCUACUGCUUGCCGAGGAACACUUUCAGAAGGAUAUCGUGACGCAGCUGGCCGUUGCGCCACUGGUGAAGCUUGUAGGAGCUGCAGUGCAGGGACUGCAGCAGAAGGCACUCAAGGCACUGGAGUGGGCUUCAAACAGCUGGCCAAAUGCUGUUGCGGACGCUGGUGGAAUCGCGGAAAUUUCCAAGGUUAUUUUACAGGUUGAUCCUCUGCCACCCCAUGCUCUGUGGGAGUCUGCAGCUUCGGUUCUCUCCAACAUACUGCGGUUCAGCUCUCAGUACUUUUUACAAGUUCCAGUUGCGGUGCUGGUCAAGCUGCUGCGUUCUAUCUCGGAGGCUACCGUCGUCGUGUCACUGAGCGCACUCUUGGUCAUCGAGAGGGACGACGCAUCUAGCGCUGAGGUAAUGGCGGAAAGCGGGGCUGUCGAAGCUCUGCUAGAACUUUUGCGCUGCCACCAGUGCGAGGAAGCGACAGCACGGCUUUUAGAAGCGCUUUUCAACAAUGUGAAGGUCCGUGACAUGAAGGUCUGCAAGCUGGCGAUCUCUCCGUUGUCGCAGUACCUUCUGGAUCCUCAAACCAGGAUUCAACCGGCGAAACUUCUAGCAGCCUUGGCUCUGGGGGAUAUAUUCCAGAACGAAGGCCUUUCACGAACGACAGACGCCGUCUCGGCAUGUCGUGCUUUAGUCAGCUUGCUGGAGGAUCAACCGACCGAAGAGAUGAAGAUGGUAGCUGUCUGUGCUCUGCAGAACCUGGUCGUAAACAGUCGCUCGAACAAGCGUGCUGUCGCCGAAGCUGGAGGUAUCCAGGUUGUGCAGGAGUUGCUCUCCUCUAGCAACUUGGAGACUGCUGCACAGUCGGCUGCUUUGCUGCGAUUAUUGUUUUCGAAUCACACCAUCCAGGAGUACGCGUCAAGCGAAAUCAUCCAAAUACUUUCAGCAACUAUAGAAAAAGAUUUGUGGUCCACCGCGUCGGUGAGUGAGGACGCGUUGAGGGCCAUGGACGUCCUUUUCCUCAACUUUCCCAGGCUCCGGGGCACGGAAGAGGCGACGCUUUGCAUCCCUCAGCUCGUUGCGGCGCUCAAAGCUUCUAGCUCGGAAGCAGCUCAGGAGGCUGCACUGGAUUGCCUUUAUCUGCUAAGGCAAGCCUGGUCGUCAAGUCCCGCGGAGGUUGGCAGAGCGCAGUCGUCAGCAAUGGCGGAGGCAAUCCCGGUAUUGCAACUUAUGAUGAGGUCGGGGCCCCAGCAUCUUCACGAGCGGGUGGACAGCCUCCUGCAAUGCCUACCGGGGAGUUUGGUUGUUACUAUCAAGCGUGGUAUGAACUUGAAGCAAUCGAUGGGCAGCACGAAUGCUUUUUGCAAGCUCACCUUGGGAAAUGGCCCUCCUCGGCAGACAAAGGUUGUGUCGCACAGCACUACCCCGGAGUGGAAGCAAGGCUUUGCAUGGGCUUUUGACACGCCUCCAAAAGGACAGAAGCUACAUAUUUCCUGCAAAAGCAAGAAUGCAUUUGGAAAGGGCUCGCUAGGAAAAGUAACAAUUCAAAUCGAUAGAGUAGUGAUGGUUGGCACCAUAAGUGGCGAAUAUCAGCUGAAACCGGACAUGAACCGAGAUGGUUCUGCACGAGUAUUGGAGAUUGAGUUCCAGUGGUCUAACAGGUAACCCGAGAAGGUAUCUUCUUCCAAGUUUUUGUUCCUUUUUUUUUCUUUUUUCUUUCUUUCUUUCUUCCUGUCUUUCUCUCUUUUCUUUCGUCCCCAUUCACAUAACCCCAGAGGAGAACUAGCAAAGCAGGUGGCUUGGCUUGGAUUUACUCCUGUAUAUGUUGUAGGCAUUCUUAAGAUUUGUAGUCCUUCGCUUGGGACGAUGGUAUUCAUCGUCCCUUACUUGCUCCUGGCUGGCUUGUUUACAUAGCUGGCUGCUGAAAUGUGUAAAGUGGUGGUGUUGCUGCUGAAAAAUAGGAAAUUUUUGUUGUUUUU